GCCAUUUUUGUACAUUGUAAGAAUGCGAAAAGUCAAACAUCCCAGCGAAUGCGCUUUGUGAGUGAAAAUGUGCUAAUAAAGUGGUACUCUCGCGCUAAAGUGGCGUUCCGGUGUGUACACCAGCAUGAAGCCGUGCGGCGAGAAAAGUGCGGUGAUGGCGGAUAGUGCAGUGAAUGUGCAAAAAUCGGAUGACAAAUUUUGUACGCAUCAGCAGCAGCAGCAGCGAACAAGUGCAGCGGCCACCACCAGCAGUGGUGACGGGGGUCUAAGCAAUAAUAAUAACACGAACAACAAUAGCAGCAACAGGAGCGGCAAUAGUGACUGCCUGUCGCAUCCUACGAAAACACAGCCGACGACUUGUUCGUCCCCUGUAGUGGGUAGUGCAAAAUCGGGCGCGGAUUCUACCGCCGCCACCAGCGCUACGGCAAAUCUUACCACAACAGCAUCAUCAUCAUCAUCAUCAGCAGCAGCACCGUCAUCAUCAACAAGCGCAGCAGUGGUAGUGGCAGCAGGCGCUGGUGUCGCUGUCGCAGCUGCCGCGGUGGGAACGGGGAAGAUGAUGAUGGCUGUGGAAACUGUGCAAGCUCCCAAAAAUCACGUAGACCAAAUGACGGUGAAAAUGAUUGCUAAAAAUAAUGAUAAAAGUUCGACGCCGGCUAAGGACACCCAGCAGCAGAGCAGCGUUCGAAGUUCCGAUAAUGGAUUAACAAAAAGCCAUAAGAAGAAAAAGAAUAAGGAUAAAGAUCGGGAACGAGAACGAGAACGAGAGCGUGACAGAGCAGACAAAGACCGAGAUCGUGAAAAACCUCGCGACAGAGAUCGGGAUCGGGAUCGUGAUCGUGAUCGUGAUCGUGACAAAGACCGUAAACGACGUCGCUCGGAAGAUGGUACAUCCGGAACGGGAAACUAUAAACGCGGAACCAAGGAAGGCAGCAGCACCAGCAACAGCACCGCCAGCACCCCAUCACGCACUCAAUCGGCUACAGCGAUCGGCAACACGGCACCAGAGCCUCCGGGAUCGUCGUCGGCUGCCCUAGCGGGAACAGCAUUGAUACAGAAUAAAGAAAACCACCAUCAACAACAGCUAGCUGGGUUUGCGACGGCACAUCAAACUAUCAAACGGGAGCUGUCCAUCGAAACGGCUUCCUCGGUAGUUGCCUCAAGCACGGCGGCAGCGACCGCCCUGCUGCUGGAGCACGGUGCGGCAACCAUCGUCUCGCCCGUGGCAGCAGCAGCCGCAGCAGCGGCCGCUUCCAUCUCGGGCACUCCGAUAUCGCCCGUAAAUCUGCUGCUGAAUCUCGAGCGCAGCAAGAACGAGCUGGCUAGCGUGAAGAAGCAGGACGUUUUCAUCAAGAAAGUGUACCUACCGGCCAAGAACAAGCUGGCCAAGCCGGAGAAAACACGCGACGAUGUAACGAGAGCGCUAAACUUCGGCACCGAUAAUGGGACAACGGCUUCGGACGGAGUGGAUCGGCCAGCAUCGACGACAGCGACAACGGUGGCUACGGAAGCAGGAGCGAUCAUACCGGCGCUAAAUGGUACCACCGCUGGCAUGGGUGGUUCCCCUGGCCAGGUCGUUGGCAAUAACACGAGUAGCCUCAUAUGCGUUGCAAAUAGCAUUGCAACCAACCUCAGCAACAACAGUACAACUGCAACCAGCAACUUAAUAGCACCUAGCAAUAAGCCCAAUUCAAACAUAUUAAUCAAGCUUGAGUCGCCGAAAAAUGUGGACGAAAGGGUAGACAUUAAGAAGGAACCGGUCAAUCAUCAAACCCCCCAUCAUCAUCAUGCGGUGGCGGUGGAAACUAUUGCUCCCGUCGCGGUACCCAGCACACCCGUCAACGGAACAUUAGAGGACCACCACCACAAGGACAACGUUUUGAAUGGCACUGUGGACGAUACUAGCAAGGAAACUCCCGUUGUUGCAAUUAAAAAGGAGGAAGCAGCGGAGCGUCCGAUCCCGCAUACAGAAACGCCUUCCAAAACGGUUCUAUCCGCACUGAACAGCAUCAAAUCGGAAACUCCUGGAAGCGGGCAAAAGCUUCCGGGCGGCAAUGCUUCGUCGGCCCACAAGAAUGCCGGCGGAGGACGGGAGUGCUCCCGGUGUUACAAACGGUCGAAAAUCAAGCGUGCCAACAUAGGCAUCCAGUGCCGCCGGGGGCCAGCUUCCGGUACGUCGUCCACAUCAUCAUCCCAAUCGCAGGACGCAGGUGGUGCGCUGGUGAGCGAAUCAACGGCACGAAUAGGGUCAAUUAACCGAAACGCCAACUGUCCGGUGCGGUCGAAGCAGCUCGAAGGUAUGAAGUACGGGCGGUUCAUGCGGGUCGAGGUGCAUCCGAACGGUGGCGCUUCAGUGGUGCACAUGUACCAGGACGAAAUCAGUGUCCUUUCGGAGGUGGAGAUGGAGGAGCUGGUGCAAGAGUUCUUUCAAGUCGUAUUUGCGGAGGACGAGGACGGCUACGCGGACCAUGUGAUGGGCAUUGUGCACGAUGCCGCUUCCUAUUUGCCCGAUCUGCUGGAGCAUAUGGCAGAAAACUACGCUAAUCUUACGGUCAAGGCAGGAGUGCUCGGUCGCAACUCGGACAUUGAAACAUGCACAAUGAGUCAGUACAAUGAGCAGGUGGUUAAAAAUUACUCCCACGGAACGGUACGCUAUGGACCAUUGCAUCAGAUCAGUUUGGUGGGAAAGGUACACGAGGAAGUUGGUGGAUAUUUUCCGGAUUUGCUGAAACGUCUCGAAGAUAACCCGUUCCUAAACAAGGCAAUGCCGUGGGGCGAGUUAUCGAUCGUGCAAAUGGAUCCACGCUUAUCGAACGAUGGACCAAUCUUGUGGAUACGUCCAGGCGAGCAGCUAGUUCCUACUGCUGAAAUCAAUAAAACACCGAUGAAGCGGCAGAGGACACGAAUAAAUGAGCUGCGAAAUUUACAAUACCUCCCGCGACUUUCGGAAGCCCGCGAAACGAUGAUUGAAGAUCGCACCAAAGCCCAUGCCGAUCACGUCGGGCAUGGGCAUGAUCGCAUGACGACUGCCGCCGUUGGUGUGCUCAAAGCGGUCCGGUGUGGUAUACCAGACGAUUUAAACCGCAUAACGAAGGAUGUGGUUGCCUUUGAUGCACACUGUUUCCCGCAUCUGGUCGAAAAGCUGCAGCUCGAUCUGCACGAACCACCAAUAUCGCAGUGCGUGCAGUGGGUGGAGGAUGCGAAGCUGAACCAGCUGCGCCGGGAAGGUAUCCGAUACUCGCGCAUCUCGCUGUACGAUAACGAUAUCUACUUCCUGCCCCGCAACAUCAUCCACCAGUUUCGCACGGUAACGGCGGUGACGAGCAUCGCCUGGCAUCUGCGGCUGAAGCAAUACUACCCCGACCAGGACGUGGUACAGGAGAUUGCGAACGGGUACGAGGUGGAUCCACCGCACUACAAGGAAAAGCAAACCAUUCUGCCGCAUCCCGUGUCGGCGGAGGAGAAAAAGCAUACGCCAAUGAAGCGUACGCACGAUGGGAAACCAAAGAAAGCGGAAGCGAAAAAGGAGCCUCCGACGGCCGUUCCCAAUCCAUUACCGGCCGGUGCGGAGAAGGUGCCCCCGAAGGUGGAUGAAGCUGCCGAAAAGUGUGCGUUGAAGGAGGCAAAGAUUGACAUGCGGAAGCUGAUACGGGACGACAAAGUGACGACGGACAGUGAUUCUGCUCGCACUCCCAGCAAGUCGGGCCGAAGCUCGGUCGUAUCGAGCAAAGGGUCGGAAAAGAAAACGGGUGGCAGCAAAAGUGGCAGCCGUAAGAGCUCGCCUUCGGCGUCCCACAAAAGCAAGACAGAUGAGACGCCGGGUGGUAAAGAGGGCAGCAAACAUUCUUCUGCAAACAGCGACCGUGACCGUGGGCGGGAUAAUAGAGAGCGGGACCGCGAUCGGGACCGGGACCGGGAUCGGCGCGAUCGUGAGAAAAAGGAGCAACGCAGCAGGGACAAGGAUCGUGACCGGGAUCGUGAGAGGGAUCGCGAUCGGGACCGUGACCGUGAGCGAGAUCGUGAGACCGAUCGGAGGAAUCACAAGCACCACUCAAGCUCGUCGUCAUCGUCUAGCCGCAAGUCGUCCAGCUCGUCACACAAGCCGCCGCGUCAUGAAAAGACGGGCUCGGGCGAUCGCAAAUCUUCGUCCCAUUCGGCACCAUCCUCGCACAGCAGCAGCGCAAGCAGCAGUCGGCGUGAGUCUACAUCGAGUGUGACGCGUGAGAAGGAGCAACAGGCCGGUCCUUUGCCGAUGGUGCCACCGAUCGCAACAGAAGUAGAAAUUGACUCUACCACCGCCACGCCCGUCGUCGGUACAAAGAGUGACACUUUAGUCGCCGAUACGCUUCCCAAACAAGCGGUGGAAACGAACGGUGCUGUUGAGGAGUCCAGCACGUGUGUUACAGGUGAUCAAAUGAAACAAGCACUUGGUGUUGACGAGCGACAAACGGCACGAAAAGAGGACGACUCUCGAGAACGUUGCGGUGCAAUGUUACCAUCGUCCGAAGCGUUGAAACCGAUGCCCCCAAACGCGAUGACUGUGAAAGCAGAGAAGCGAAAGGCAGAAUUGGAAACGCAUACCACCAACGGCAGUAACAUCGGAGACGAGCAGAAGAAUGUCCCCGUAUCCCCGGCAGCGAAACGGAUAGCAUCGGAGAGUGCUACCGCCCCGGUGCUUCCGCUGCCUCCGAUGCAUCCCGAGACUCGGCCACCGUUACCUAUCUCUUCACCUCCAUUGGUUCCCCCACCGCCGCCACCGCAAGACCACCGUGAAAUGCCCCAUACCCCGACGGCAAAGGAACAGUCGUCACAGCAAAGCCUCCCCGCUUCAGGUAGUGUGCGAAAAAGUAUUCAACAGACAGACGCUAGCCAUCACAGCAACAGCAGCAACAGCAGCAGUAGCAGUAGCCAUAGCUCUAGCACCAGUAAUAGUAGCAGUAGUAGUAGCAGUAGCAGUAGUAGCAGUAGUAGUGGUGGUAGUAGGGAUAGCAGCAAUACCGUUACUACUAAAAGUGACAGCAGCUGUAUCGCUACUGAGCGGAGUGGGGAUGCUGCCGCCGGUGUCGCCGCGCCCAGCAAAAAACAAUCCAAUGACUUACUGAGCACGAUAAUGGCAGGCAUGGAAGAAGGAGGCACGAGCCGGGGUGGUGGCGGUUCGAGCGUUUAAUCACUUGCCCAGCCAUUGAAUUGUACAGUCGGCGCGCAUUGUACAGACGAGGAGUGUUGUUGUCGCCUUACUCCUCGCCCCCCUAUCUGUGAGGCUCGAAUUGUGAUGAUCGUAUCGAAAAGUGUCUGAGUGUGUGUGUGUGAGUAUCUUUAGACCAUUCCUCUAAAUUACCCUCCAUUCGCGAGAGCACCUUUCUUCCCCCACGUGUCCCGUUGACAAAGUAAUUGUUUUGCUGUACGUUAUGCUUCUUAUGCAGCAAACAAACACAACUCCCCGUUUGUGUACUUAUCUUUGCCAAACUGAGCCAGCAAUUGUCACAUAAGCCGCCUCCGCCGCCGCCGCCGUGUCGUUGAUUGCGUUUGUUGUCAGUUAAUCGUUUAAAGGGAUACUACUUCUCCUACCACACCCUACCCUACCACGCACCAUUUGCCACCAUCAACUCGUUGGUUCUAUUUUGAUCUCUUUUAUCGUGCUACUUGUGGUUUAUGUGAUCAGUAUGUGUAUGUGUGUGUGUGAAUGUUUGUAAAAAGACGGCCGUUAUGGACACCGUGUUAGGCGCGGUAUGGAUUUCUGUUUUCCACGCCGGCUCACCUCACCCCAUUUUGUGUGGGCACUAGCCAACUAUAUUUGCUCGCAGCCGUAAAUUGUGUAUAGCUACGUUAUUUUAAUAUCCAUAUUAAACGAUCUGUAUAGCAGUUUUAUGUUAAUGUUAUUCGGGGACAAGCACAACCGAAGCUUAUCGAUAUGUAGAAGUAAACACGAUCUAUACUGCUGCUGCUGCUGCUAUUACUGUAGUACACAGGGAGAGCAGCGGUUAUUAGAAGUAAGCGAAUGUGUUUUAAAACUAUAAAACAAGCUAAAAGGUACAAUACGAGAGGAGGAGGUGUUGGACACUUUCGUUGGGUUUGCGUAACCUAAUUUUUUGUUUUGGCGAUUCAUAAGAAGAGUUAAAAGAUUGUAGUAGAUGCCUUUUGUUGUCUUGGCUUUGCGCCUGAUCGGCGUGGUUUGCAAAUAACUUAUAUAAUUUAUACUUUUAACUUAAACGCCCGUUAAGUUCAGCCCACAUUAGAUCGUAAUGGAAGUACUAUUCAACGUAUCUCUAUUUAUAUGUAAUGCGCUAAUUUAGCUUUCUUCUUCCCGGCAGUACUCUUAAGUUUUUGUAAUAAUUGUAAGAAGAGCCUUCCGAAAGGAGGUGGCAGCAUAAUUGCGUGCAGCGGCUUUUAUAAAACCCUUUUGGUCGCAAAAUUGUACUUGUUGAACCCUGUUUGGCAUGGUUAAUAGAAACCGUCUGUAACGGCAGUUCCUUCCCCGCCCCCGUGUCGUUCACGACACGUGUUGCGUGUUUGACAACAACAAAAGGCUCACAGAAUGGUAUUGUUACAAAUCGUACACGGACGCAUCCAACACAAAUAUUGAAUAUACACAAACUUUUACCCGAUUGUAUUGUAUUGCUCUCAUUUUUGUCUUUUUUUUGCUUCUCAUCGACUCCAUUCUAGUCAUUGGCACUGAAUUGGCUUUUUUGUAGCUCUAUACACUCAUGAAUCUUAGUAUUUGGAUUCAAACGUUUGUUGUUUCGAUCCGUUCAAACUUUCUGCACUAACGAACAUGCGAAAAAUGAACGCACAAGUGUGUAUAAUAAUGAGUGCGAAGAUAGAGGAUUUGUUGCAAAUUGUUGUAACGAAACAAAUAAGAUGGUUUUCAAUAAUAUUUCGUUCACACGCUUUUAGACAAAAAGCAGCCAUGCAAGCAGCUGCAAGUAUGUGCAAACAAAGCAAAAGAAGAUUAUUUUUGAUGAAUCGUACCUGGUAGUAUGUAGUUUAAAAACAGUAAAAUACAAUUGAUUAGCAACACAGCAGGUGUUAGAGAGGCAGAUGUGUGUGUGUGUGUAGAACUUAGAUUAGAGAAAAUAGUUUGCCUAUUGCGUGCCAGCAGAAAAACAGUAAAAGUAAAUGCUAGCAACAAUAUAUUACUACUGGAAUAUUCAAUUGUAAUUUGGUCAACUCAUGCAUGGGGCUUAUCGAGUUAUUAAGCAUCAAGAGAGCGAGCAAAGCAAACAAAAAAGCGCGCCAAAUCGUGUGGAACGGAUUGAUCAGAUCGAUUGAUAACGCGUGAUAUAUGCAUUUGUAGCCCCGGUAUCUUUUCAAAUCAAUGUGUACAAUUCCAUUACAAAAGAGGAGAUUAUAGUGAGGUGUAAUCAAAAUGCAAAACAAAUUCAACAAAAAACAAAUCUAUCCAAAGCAAACGAUAUCAAAGUUAGGCAGAGGAGAUGAGGAGAUCGCAACAAAGCUAAACGGAGGGGAAGAGCUGUAGAUGUUGAUGGAUGUGGUAUAAGGUUUUUAUCGUUUCGAAGGAAAGCAAUGCCGGUUUUACACAGCAGAUAAAGAUAGAUCGCACCCAUGGCGCGGUAAUGUGGCAAUAAAAGGAGCAAUGCAAUUGCAUUUGUCGUAACGCGAGUAGAAUGCGCUCGCGUUUUGUAAGGAUACACAGGAUGGAUGUAAAAAAAAGCGAGAUAACGAAGGUAGUAAAUUCACUACAUGAUAAUGUUACAUAUAGAACUAUUAAGGUACUAUUUGCAAAAUAAAUGAGAGAACUAAAACCAGUAAA